GUUUUCCUUGUUUUAAAGUGAAUUUACAUAGCUCUAUCGUUUAUUGAAUCCUGUGCAAACAAAACACGUAGGUUUCAUAGUGUCUAAAUACCUAAAAACUAUCGGUACAUUUUCCUAUUUCACUAAUAAUCGACAUUCUUCGCUGAAGAAUUUUGGAAUAUGGCUGCUGCUGCUGCUGCUGCUUUGCUCGACGAGCUUAUGGGAAGAAAUAGGAACGUUCUUCCCAAUGAAAAACCGAAAGAACUUAAUUGGGAAGAUCCUGAAUUUUGCAAGUUGUAUUUAGUCAAAUUUUGUCCCCACGAUUUAUUCGUUAACACGAGAGCUGAUUUGGGUGCGUGUUCUCGAGUGCACGACGACGAAGCUCGAGAAUUAUUUGAGAAAGCACCCUAUUCAUAUCGGAAGCAACAAUACGAGGAUGAGUUUAUUAGAUUUUGUCAAAGCAUGUUGAAUGAAGUUGAGAGAAAAAUCAUAAAGGGAAAACAGCGAUUAGCUCUUAUUGGAAGAACGGAAGCGCCUACUUUGACACCAGCACAAACUCAACGAAACGAAGAACAAAUUGCACUUUUAACUGAAAAAAUUAAUAAACUAGUAGAAGAAGCAGAACAAAGUGGAAUACAAGGCAAUGUGGAACAGGCUCAAGGCCUAAUGAGAUUAUGCGAUCAAUUAAAAGAAGAACGAGAAACACUAAGAAAAUCUAACGAUAAUAGUCACUACAAUCAGACCGCUGAAUUAGCUGCUGCACAAGAAAAACAAAUGGAAGUAUGUGAUGUAUGUGGUGCAUUUCUUAUUGUUGGUGAUGCUCAACAACGAAUUGAUGAUCAUCUAAUGGGUAAACAACAUGUUGGCUAUGCUAGAUUAAAGAGUGCUCUUCAAGAAAUUAUGAGUAAACGUGAAAAAGCUAGAGAUGAAAAAGAACAAAGAAGGGAAGAAGAUAGAAAACAAAGAGCGCGUGCCAAUGAAGAACUUGAUAGACGAAGAAGAGACGACAGAGACAGAGACAGAGAAAGAGAUAAACGUCGUAGACGCGAUGAUGAUAAAAGUAGACAUGAUGCAGGCAGUCACAGAAAUUCAGGACACAGGAGUAGAAGUCGAUCAAGAGACAAACACGACAGACAUCGAGAUGAUGACCACCGACGUCAUGCUCGAGAUAAAGGAAAUCGUGAUCACCGAAGCUCGAGUCAUCACAACCGACGUCGUCAUCGAUCUAGAAGUCGAAGUCACAAGUAACUACUCUUGAUUGGUUAGUGAGUGAGAAGUAAGCCAG